UUUGAAAAUGACAGAGUAUCCUCAAAUCCUUUUCAUCGAAAUCUAAUUUCUUUUAUCAUUUUUUUUCUUUGUUGAAAAUCUGAACUUUUAUCCUUAAAAAAGUAUUAAGAAAAAAAUCAAUAUUAAUUUAGAAUAAACAGGAAAACCCCUAGAGCCCCUGGCCGUCGUCAAGUCUCGUGGAGUAGUCUCUGUUCACGGAAGCAAGAGCCCGAGAAAGAGAGCACGGAUCUGCGGCGACCCAGAAGAGCCAUCAAACCGAUCACUGAUCGUUCAUCGUCGCUUGUUUUGGAUCCAAGAAAAUUUACAACCCCUUUAAAAUCAAAGUGGUUUAUUUCAUCGCUAUUGAUCUCGAUAAAUCAAAGAUGAUGGUGACGAUAUUGAUGACGAUUAUGAGAAUGGUUCUCACGAGGAUAAAUGCUUGGUGUCUAGAUUUAGUUGGUAUUGACAUUUAUUGUCUUUGACCAAAUGCCAUGGACCGAUGUGUUUGAUCCCCAUUGCUGCACUAUAAUACUCUAAUACAUGAUCUGGGAAAAUGGUUUACCUAUAAAUUGCUUCCUUUGCCUCUCAUACUUGCAUAAGAAAGUUAGAUAGCUAGCUUACUUUGGGCUUGAGCUGUGUUUGUUAAAACAUGAGUGUUAGUGAUGAUGUGGUGGUUGAUUUCUGGGCCAAUGGCUUUGGGAUGAGAGUGAGAAUUGCAUUAGAGGAGAAGGGAAUCAUAUAUGAAUACAAGGAGGAAGAUCUGAGAAUUGCUCACAGAAGUAAACUGGUUCUAGAGAUGAACCCUGUGCGAAAAUCCGUGCCCAUUUUGAUUCAUAAAGGAAAACCAGUUUGUGAUUCAGCAGUUAUACUUGAGUUCAUUGAUGAGACGUGGGAGGGGGAUAGUUUCCCUCGCUUGCUUCCUGAGGAUACUUUCGAGAGGGCUCUAACUCGAUUCUGGGUUCAUUUUAUUGACAACAAUCUUUUCAGUACUCAAACAAAAUUCUUAAAGAGCAAAGGUGAAGCCAAAGAAGAAGGCAAGAAUGAAUUGAUUGCAGACUUGAAGCUUCUGGAAGGAUUCUUAGGAGACAAGUUGUACUUUGGAGGUAAUAAGUUUGGUUUCUUGGAUAUUGCUUUCAUCCCCUUCUCUAGUAUGUUUGAUGGGUAUGAGAGCCAUGGGAACUUCAAAUUGGAGGUUGAAUGCCCAAAAUUAGCAGCUUGGGUGAAGAGAUGCUUAGCAAGAGAAAGUGUCUCCAAGGUCCUUCCCAAUCCUGUGGAAAUGUAUGAACUGCAUAAAAAAUGGUAUGGGAUUGAGUAGACUUGAUCAGGUCCGGAUGUUCUUGGCUCCUCUACACGGAGUGGAGAGGCAAAGGUCCCUUCUUUGCGAUGUUUGUUUUGUAUUAUACUGUAAUUUGAGAUACAAAAUUACGUGCUUGUUUUAUGAAAGCAAAAUUUGGUAGUGUACUGUUAUCAAUAAAAUAAACUACUCAACCAUUCUAUU